GGCGCUGAUUGGACAAUGGAUGCCAGGUGACUCCAAGAUGUCGAUGACGUUUCAUCUCCUGCUUGGGGUUUGUGUUUGAUACUGAGCUGGAAAGCAGUCAUUUAUCUUAGUCUCCUGAUUAAGAAUUGACUCCACCUGCUCCAUAGAGUAAUAUGACUUUCUGGAAUGAGGAAAUCAAGGACCAUUGGAUGAAAAUCAACCAUUUAUUAAAUCUGGAGACAAAUAGUCAAAGGAAAUAUCUUGAUGAAGAAAUGGGUCAGGAAGCAGGCAAGCCAGCCUGGCCCAAACCAGCAGGAGGCUAUCAGACAAUCACAGGAAGGAGAUAUGGAAGAAGACAUGCUUACAUCAGUUUUCGUCCAACCUUGGCCAAACAAGAAAAUUCAUCCAAAGAGAACAGCGGGGAGUGUGGAGGAAUGGAGAUGAACAGUGUGCACAAGGAGAAUGCUUUAUCAUCAACUGGGGCCAUCAGCUCAACAUUACACACUAUAUUCCCUGCAGCAAAUAAUUCAGUUCUGCCAGAAAUUAACGGAGCAACAAUAUUCAAGGAAGGUUCUGGCAGGAAAAAUGCAGCGUCAAAGAAAGGUAUUGACACUGCUGGUUGCUCAUUUAAAAUGUUGGAGGAUGAGCAAAUUUCGUCCAAUAAUUCUGAGAACGGUUCCGGACCAAAGAAAAGUUCAGAGGCCUGUGCUUGGCCAACCCUGGAAGAUAAUGAAACAUGUCCUAGAAGCCCAGCUGGACCGGGUUUUGUAAAUAUUGACUCUUAUGAGCCUGAGAGCAAUGGUGGGGAGGAAGAUGACCUAUCUGUGGACUCAUCAAUAGGAACGCGUCCUGGACUUCAGAAGCGAUUAGAUAAUAUGAUUUGUGAGUUGGAGAAGGAAUUUGACUAUCUCAGUGGUCUACACUCCUACUUGUACACAAAGUCAUGUGAGGAAGUUGAACCUGUGCCCAGAAAUGGGUGCUGUGGUACAGACCUUGAAGAAUCCAGUGAAAACAAUAGAAUGUUUCAGAGGAGAUUGUCUAGGCUAACUGAGGAAAGUUUAGAUAAAUCUAAAUGUGAUGAGAAGCUAAACGAGUUAGAUAUUGCUGAGGCAGCCAGCACCCCAGUGAGUGAUCGCAGCAUUCAAAUCUCUGAUGGUAACAAUGACCAGGGGUCAUCGUCUUCAGAGAUGGUGGUGAGACCAAAAGUAAGGAAGCAACAUGGUGAAGGCAACCUAGAGCGAAGGAAACGCUCCCAGUCAGAUGACUCAAAACAUGGGACCAGCAGACCAAAGAAACCUUUGGAUGGCCAAUGGAGUGCUAAUACCCCUUUCUUAAUGACUCACACAGAAAAAGUGAGCAAGGAAUCCCGAUGUGAGUCUGCACGUACUGAAUCUGCCAGUAAAGGAGCAAAGCAAGCUGAAGGAAAAAAGAAAGCAAUAGAGUUGCAAAGUUGUAAGCAUGACGAAGAGGAUGACCUCUGGGAAGAUUUUGAAGAACUCCAAAAAAGUUGUGCAUCCUUUGGCAAAGAUGAUGAUAGUUCUGAAUGCAGUGAAGGAGAAUGGUCUCCUACCUGGACCUCUGAUUCUGCUGUGGACAAGGAGCAGUCCUCCAGUGAUGAAAGCUGGGAGACACUCCCUGGAUUGGAUGAACCAGAACAUGAGAUUCAGAGCAGCAGCAGUAGCAGCUUGGAUGAUGUUCCAGAGCUCAACUUUCAUUCUGAAAGCAAGCCUUGUGGGCGGCACAACACAAGUUUCCUUGUAAUGUCAUCAACAAGAAGAGACUGCAUUUACACAAGGUGCAUAGAGCAAGCAUCCUUAGAAGAUGGAGAAAUCCCUUGGCUUCCCUACCAAGAGGAAACGGAUAGCAGCAGUGAUGACGAUACAGACGGAAUGAGCCAGUUUGUUCACCCAGGUCUUUUUAUGUUAGAUGGGAACAACAACUUUGAAGACGAUUCCAGUGUGAGUGAAGAUUUUGAUGCUGAGUGGAGAUUACUAGAUGAAUUUGGUGAAGGUUUUGGAGUGGCUCAAGCUUUUUCCUAUGUGGACCCACAGAUGCUUACUUACAUGGCUCUUGAAGAGCGGUUAGCUCAGGCUAUGGAGGCUGCCCUGGCUCAUCUUGAGUCUUUGGCUAUUGAUGUUGAACAAGCUCACCCCCCAGCCACUGAAGAAAUCAUUGAUUGUCUGCCACAGAUUACAGUGCUGGAAGAUCACCACGGCCAGGAACAGUGUUGUGCCAUCUGCUGCUGUGAAUAUAUGAAAGAUGAAAUAGCAACAGAACUUCCCUGUCGUCAUGUAUUUCAUAAAUCCUGUGUGACCCGAUGGUUACAAAAGUCGGCAACAUGUCCGGUGUGCCGCCAUGUCCUCUCCCCUGCGCUCCCUGACUCCACUGUGGCUACAACCUUUGUGUUGGAUCACGACACUCCUCCAUCCACCCACAGCGCGGCAGGAACACGGUGAAGAACAAAAAACAUUUGUUAGAUUAAAACAAAAAAAAGAAAAAAGAAAAGGAAACAUUUUUUUUAGUUAUUAUUAUUUCAAUGCUAUAAGAUACCGAAAACCUUAUAGAAAUAUACUACAGACUAAAACCUCUAAUAUGUGACAUGUUUAAUCACUGAUUUUAGUUUAACAAGUGUGAAAUAUUUAAAAUGGUGAAGUCUCAGUGACAGGCUGCACCUAUUUUCUGAGAAAAUAUUGUCAUGCUGUCUUAACAAGCAUUUGUUAUUUCUGUUUUUGUUUUAAAAGAAAAAAUACAAAAAAAACUUGUAAAUGGUUAGAUGAAUGGGGCUUUUUUGAAGCAAUCUUGCAUUGAAAUGUCAAAAUAAGUUUAGUGCAAUAAAGAUAGUAUUACAUUUGCUUUUACUAAUAAAUAAAUUCACAGAGUAUGGUUUUAAGUUAUUCACAUACGAACCAGUGAACUUAGUCAUUUGGAAAAGAGGCUGACUCAAACCCAGUAGAGAUCCUUCAUUUUCAUGAUGUUUGUCCUCUAACUGGACAAUUCACCAUUGCUUUCUGCUUUUCAGCAGCUGAACUGUUCUAUAUAAAUAAGUGCAUUGCUUAUUAUGUACCUUACCAGUAUACUGGAUUGCUAAAUGCUGGCUAUUACGGUCCCAAUGUUCAAUAAAGGCUGUAACUUUG